AUGUCUUGUUGUGGUGGCAAAAACUCUCAAUCAACACUCACUCCGAAAAAUCAAUCCGGUUUACAGUACCAAUCGUCGAAUGCGGUCUAUCAGAGCGUUCAGGAGUAUUAUGGAAAGGUUUUGAAUACCUCCAAAGAUUUGAAAACCUCCGCAUGUACUUCAUCAUCGAGUCCUCAUCCGAUCAUGAAGGCUCUACUCUCGAAAAUUCCCGAUGAAGUAUUGAGUAAAUACUACGGAUGUGGUUCUCCACUUCCUUUGGGUGGUAUACAAGGUAGAACCGUCUUGGAUUUGGGCAGUGGUAGUGGACGGGAUGUAUAUCUCGCUUCCAUGCUUGUCGGAAAGAGUGGUAAAUGUAUUGGAGUGGACAUGACUGAGGAGCAACUCGAGGUAGCUAGAAGAAAUGUUGACAAAUUAAAGGAAGUAUUUGGAGAUGUUGCAACUAUGGAGUUCAAGAAGGGUUUUAUUGAAAAUUUAAAGGAGGCAGGAAUUGAAGAAAAUUCGAUUGAUAUUAUCAUUUCAAAUUGUGUGGUAAAUUUGUCACCUGAUAAGACGGCUGUUCUGUCUGGAGUUUAUAAUUCUCUUAAAUUUGGUGGAGAAUUUAUUUUCUCAGAUGUUUAUUGUGACAGAAGAUUGUCUUCUGAUGUUCGAAGUGAUGAGCUACUGUUCGGAGAAUGUAUUGCCGGAGCAUUAUAUAUUAAUGAUUUUAUUGCGUUAUGUAAGAAGAUUGGAUUUUCUGAUCCACGAGAAGUCACUCGCUCUGAAAUCAAAAUUCAUGAUUUCAAAUUGAAAGAAUUACUUGGAAAUGCAAAAUUUUAUUCCAUUACCUAUCGUUUAUUUAAACUCGAUGAUUUAGAACCUCAAUGUGAAGACUACGGACAAGUAGCCAUUUACAGAGGAGGACCCAAUGGUAUGGACGAAGCAUACAAGCAUGCCUAUGUAUUGGAUGGAAAACACGUCUUCGAGAGAAACAGACCAGUAUUAGUAUGUGGAAACACAGCAAGUAUGCUUUCAAAGCCUUCAUGGUUAGCUCCAUAUUUUGAAAUCAUUGGAGAUCGGUCAGUUCAUUAUGGCAUGUUUGAUUGCUCCAAAGGAAGUUCUUCUCAGAGCAGUACUUGCAGCGAUACUGACUGCAACAGCUCGUCUUGUUCCAGUAGCUCUUGUUGUUAG